UUUCGUACAAUCCAAAGGAUGAUUACGUUCAUUCUUUGGUUAGUCGCCGUCCAUGGCGCGGCGGCACUUUCGACGGGGUGCAAUACAAGAGCUGAUGUGACGUUCAUGAUAGACUCUUCAGACACCGUAGGACAAUUAAAUUUUAAUAAACAAUUAGAUUUUCUUAAGGAUGUGACAAAUAAAUUAAAUGUGGGACAGAACCAGGUCCACGUUAGUGCUCUGACGUUUAGUUCUGGAGUCCACAACAAAUUCUACCUCAAUGACUACACGCGGAAGGGUGAUGUUCUGCAAGCAAUUAGUGGCAUUCAGUAUUUCCCGGGUAACACCGAUACUGCUGAUGCUCUUAAGUUCAUGUCGCAGCAGAGCUUCAGCCCAGCGCAUGGAGCCCGAGGAGAUGUGCCACACAUUGCUGUUCUCCUGACGGACGGGCCGUCCACCACAAAGGCUAUCACAAAACUGCAAGCCCAGACGGCAAAGGAUAACAAUGCCAUUAUCUACACGGUGGGCGUGGGCAGUGGGGUAGAUGUGGACGAACUGACAUCCGUGUCCAGCAACCCAGACCUCAGAUACUCCAUGUUUGCUGAUAACUACGAAACUCUGAACAGCUUGUCUGACAUGCUCGCCACCAAAAUCUGCAAUGAGUUGCCACCAGACACAUCCACUCUUCCAGCUCCAACAGGAUGUCUCCACAAGGCCGAUGUUGUCUUCAUGGUAGAUUCUUCUACAAGUGUCGGAAGUGAAAACUUCCAGAAAACACAAAACUUCCUGAAGAACAUCAUCACCAACAUGGAUGUGGGCCAUGACAAAGUUCAGGUGGGCGUCAUGCAGUACAGUAGCUAUCCGACCAUGGGCUUCCCUCUGAAACUGUACGGGAGCCGUGGAGACGUUUUACACGCCGUGGAGAAUCUACACAUGACCAGUGGAGGAACAAACACAGCCGAUGCAAUCAAAUUCACCACAGACGAGAUGUUCUCUGUUACCAGUGGAGCCAGAAGCAACGUACCAAGAAUCGCCAUUUUGCUGACAAAUGGCGGUACCGUUGACAGCCAGGCCGCCAUCAAUGCAGCUAACAUUGCAAGACAAGCCGGUAUCGGACUUAAUGUUGUUGGCAUUGGAAGCAACGUCAACCAACAAGAAAUUCAGUCUAUCGCCAACCAGCCAGCUGGAAGUCACGUGAUCACUGUCAACGACUUCGAUCAACUUGAAAAAGUGGCUAACCAGGUUCUCAACCAAGCAUGCUCUGUUUCAAGCACUUACAACUUUGCCAGCUCUUCUACCGUAACUUGUGCCGACAAAAUCACAAACUGCAACGAAUACGGAAACAACGUAUGCAGAGAUUAUCCAAAGUGGGCUGAGGCCAACUGCAAAAAGUCUUGUGGACUAUGUUCUUACCAAUACAUUACCAAGUUCCCAUCUUGCACCAACAAGCUUACAAACUGUGAGAGUUACGGCAGAGAUGUGUGUAGUUCCCACGGAAGCUGGGCCCAGGACAACUGCAAACUCUACUGUGGAUUCUGUGGUACUUCAGCCAGCUCCAAUGGAUUCUAUGGAAUGUGUAACUACAAAGGAAAGAUGUACCAGACUGGAGAGAAAUGGACAGAUGGAUGUGACUAUGAAUGUGUUUGUAGGGACGGAAACAAGGGAGACUACAAAUGCUACAACAGAUGUCCUCUGUACUAUAACCUUCCAUCCAUGUGUACAUUGGUGAAGAAGGAAGGAGAAUGCUGUCUGCAGCCAGUUUGCAACUUUAACCCUUCAGUCAGCCGAUUCAACAACACUGCAAUGGCUACCACAGCCACUGGAAUACCUACUUGUGCUUACAAAUCCAAGAUGUACUUCCAAGGCCAGACCUGGAAAGACGGCUGCCAGUAUCAGUGUACUUGUCUUGAUGCCUCUAAGGGAUACUACUCCUGUGAACAAUUGUGCCCCACCUACUCCAUCCUGCCCCGGGGAUGUCACCUACACAAGGACCCAGGAUCCUGCUGCUCCACCCCCUCCUGUGAAUUUGAUCAACAGCAGGGUAGUUACACUGGAUAUGGAUUUACCAGCGGUGAAGGAACAGGUCAAAACAUGGUACCACCCCAGCCCUGUGUAGAUGUUGCAACCAACUGUAAAGUGUACGGAAAAUCCACUUGCACCACAUACGCACAGUGGGCCUCAAACAACUGCAGAAAAUACUGUGGCAUCUGCCAGAACUCUGUUGUUCAGCCAGCUGCUGGAGAUGUGUGCAUUUACAAGGGAAAGACCUACUUACAAGGCCAGUCCUGGGAACCUGAUUGUAGCACUAGAUGUUCAUGUGAAAAUGCCCACUACGGCUACUACAGAUGCAAUGAUGCGUGCCCACAGUAUAACAACUUGCCAGCUGGCUGCAAUGUUGUCACCAAGAGAGGAGAAUGCUGUCCCCAGGUUAACUGUCAGUCUGGAGUCUUCUACACAUCCAGUCAGAACAUCAACUCUAUUGGAAAUGGAGGAUUGAUCAACGUACUGUACCCCCCUGGCAACCACAUUCAGACUCCCCCCUACGGUCAGACACAGAUCGGAUCUGGUGGAACUGGAUUUCAGGCCCCCACACUAAAGGGAUGUCUAUACAAUGGUCAGAUUUAUGCACAAGGACAAAUGUGGGAUGAUGGCUGCAAAUACACUUGCUCAUGUUUGAAUGCUGCCACAGGGGACUAUAAAUGUCGUGAAAAGUGUCCAUCCUACCCUAACUUAGCUGCUACAUGUGUCAUGGUCACAGACACCAAUGACCCUUGCUGUAUGGUUCCCAAAUGUGGAUUUGAUGUAGCCACUGGCCAAGUCCCUGUACCUGUACCCUCAUAUGGCCAAGCUACCUCUGGCAUUGGAAUGGUGAAGCCCCCUGUCCCCACCAUGUAUCCCACUGUGUACCCCGACGGACCCUGGGUCAUCCUGAAUACUACUGGAAUGCAACCUGUAGCACCAACUGCCCCAGUGAAUGUCAAACAAGGUUUCUGUAUGUACAAGGGCCAGCGUUACAAUGCUGGACAGACCUGGGAAGAUGGAUGUGACUACAACUGUGUUUGUGAUGACGGAGCUGUCGGACAUUACAAAUGUAUUGACAAGUGUCGAACAUUUGACUAUGUACCCCAGCCCUACUGUCGACUUACACAGGAUCCAAAUAAUCCUUGCUGCCAAGUCCCAGAGUGUAAAUUUAUCCCCCAUAAUCCACAGAUUGAGGGCCAGAGAACCACCCCCAGUGUACAAGGCAACUUCUGUGUGUACAAUGGCAAACAAUAUCAGCAAGGCCAGUCCUGGUAUGAUGGCUGCAGCUACAAGUGUACCUGUGAGGAUGCUGAGAAUGGAGUCUACAGAUGCCUUAGCAGAUGCCCAGAAAUCUUGAACGCUGAGCCGGGCUGUAACUACAUCACUGACCCACGUGACCCCACCUGCUGCAGAGUCCCCGACUGUACCCCCGUAAACACCACCAAUCCUCAGCCUCACCCUAUCCCCCCAAAGACCUACCAGGGACAGACUGUAGGAAAAGUUGGUAAGUGUGUGUACAAGGGUGUAGAGUACCAGGCAGGAGAGAGAUGGGAAGAUGGCUGUGACUUCACCUGUACCUGUACUGAUGCCCUCAGAGGUCACUACGAAUGUGUGGACAGGUGCCCAGUGUACACCAAUCUGCCAGACACCUGCAGAAUGGUCAAUGACUUUGCCAAUCCCUGCUGCAAGAAGCCACAGUGUGACAUUCCCGGUCAGCCCGGAGGAAGUCAGGGUUCAGGGCCCACCACCACCCCCAAUCCAGCUCUCCCUCAGACACUCCCCCCAAAACAACAAUUCUGUGUGUACAAGAAUGCUCAAUACCUGCAAGGACAGACCUGGGAGGAUGGCUGUAAUUACAAGUGUCGCUGUGACGACUCCAGCCGCGGUAUCUACACAUGUAACCAGAGAUGUGCCACAUUUGCCAGCAUGACUCCAGGUUGCACAAUGAAGACAGACCCUGAGGACUCUUGCUGUCUGGUUGAAGUUUGCCCACAGCCCACACCAGGCCCAGGUCAGACACAACCAGUACCCACCAUUCAGCCUGUUCCCAUCACAGGAAAGGUCAAUCUGCCCACACCAAGCCCAGUUCCAGGACAACCCCAACCAUCACCAAAACCAGUUGGUUUCUGUGUAUACAAGAGUGUCACCUACAUGCAAGGACAGAAAUGGGAUGAUGGAUGUGACUACACUUGUGAUUGCUAUGAUGCUGAGCACGGAAAAUACAGAUGUAAUCCCAAAUGCCCACGUUACGUUGACUUGCCAGAAGGAUGCAGACUUCACAAAGAUCCUGCCAAUCCUUGCUGUGACAUUGUGGAGUGUGCCCAGCCUACUCCUGCUCCCAAUCCUCAGAUGACACCUGGUCCUAAUCCUAAUCCCAAUCCCACAAACCAGCCUCCCAAUCCACAGUACACUGUCCAGCCCACACCACAACCAACUCCUCAGCCACAGCCAAAAUGUACCUGUGAGUACAAAGGACAGCGAUAUCUCCAAGGCCAGCAGUGGUAUGAUGGCUGCGACUUCUCCUGUAUCUGUGAAGACUGUGUCACUGGUGUGUACAGGUGCAAUCAGAGGUGCCCAACCUUCCAGGCACCACCAGCAGAAUGCAAACUAGUUGCUGAUCCAAAAGACCCACUUUGCUGUAAGAUCCCAGAGUGUCCCACCACAGGCAACUUUAACACAGCUCCACCUCUGGUCAUUCAAGGAGGAAAAGUCACCCCAGGUCCCACUCAGAGACCUAUAUACACUCCAAAUCCCACACCACCCACACCAUUCUAUGGAGGAUUCACAGGUGGUCCCGUGUACACCACACCGAGCCCCACACCUGCCAUCCUGAUCCCAGGAAGACCUUACCCAUCAGGUACACCAUACCCAGGCGGCACUUAUCCACCAGGAACUGUUCCCACACAGCCACCCAGGACUUACACACCAUACCCAGGAGCAACUUAUCCAGUCAACUACUCACCAAAUCCAUCUGAAAUCCCAACAUUCAAACCAGGACAAACUUACCCACCCAAUUUGACUCCAUAUCCAAGCGGCACCUAUCCAACCAGGCAAACGUACCCACAACCUACCAUCUAUCCAGGAGGUGGAACCUAUCCUCCAGGCUUUAGUCCAGUAACAACCCCAGUUCCUUACAGCCCUGUGGUGGUUUACUUUACUAACCCUCCACUGAUCCAUGGUGGUACCUAUCCUCCCGGACGUACACCCUACGUUGGUGGAACCUAUCCCACUGGCACUGUGCCACCACGAACCUACACUCCAUACCCAAGUGGAACAUACCCACCAAGCUUUACCUUUGGACCAUACUUCACUCAGCCAACUUUUGCACCAUACCAGACCUACCCCACUGACAGAACACCAUACCCACAGGGAACCUACCCAACAGGGACUGUCCCACCUCCCACUCCAUAUGUUGGUGGAACCUAUCCUCCAGGAUACACACCCCGUCCAUCACCAACUCCAAAACCACAGGUCCCCAUCCUGGAGCCUGGAAUGACCUAUCCUACUAAAGAGACUCCUUAUCCAGGUGGAACAUAUCCCACAGGAACAGUACCUUACCAGUACACUCCAUUCAUUGGAGGCACAUAUCCACCUACUUUUACUUUCAGACCAGGACAGACACCUCCAACAUUUGUGCCAGGACAGACAUACCCUCCCAAUCAAACCCCCUACCCAAGUGGAACAUACCCACCACGUGUGACUGUGCCCCCAUACACACCUUUCAUUGGAGGAACCUACCCACCAAAUAACACUCCCCCACCAUAUUACAAACCAUCCACUUUCAGACCAGGCGGUACCUAUCCAACAAAUCAAACACCAUACCCAUAUGGAACAUUUCCAACUGGCACUGUCCCAAUGGGAACACCAUACCCAGGUGGAUUCUAUCCUCAGGGAUUCACUUUCAAGCAACCACAACCCACCACCCAGAGUCCAUUCAUUCCAGGUCAGACCUACCCCACCAACCUUACACCAUAUCCUGGUGGAACAUACCCUCCCAGACAGACUGUCCCACCAAUCACACCAUAUCCACAGGGAACAUUCCCACCCAGUUAUACUCCAUUCUAUGUAGUCACUAACUAUCCUCAAUACAAUGGUGGAACCAGAUAUCCACCUGGAGCCACUCCCUACCCAGGAGGACCCACUUAUCCACCCAAUCUGACCUACCCAACCUACACACCAUACCCUGGCGGUACUUAUCCACCAAUCAAACCAUCAUCUGGUUAUUUCACAGGUGGUGCUCCAAUCACGUUCAAACCAUACCAGACCUAUCCACCAAACCAGACUCCAUAUCCAAGCGGAACCUAUCCCCCUGGAACCGUCCCUCCACCAAGACCAUACCCAAGUGGAACAUACCCACCAAGAUAUACAGGUGGAAAUCCAAACCAGCCCUACUUAAUCCCAGGACAGACCUAUCCCCCAUACCUGACACCCUUCCCCUCAGGAACCUACCCACCAGGUGUGACCGUGCCAUACACCCCAUACCCACAGGGAACCUAUCCUCCAAAUUAUACUCUGCCACCACAGUUCACAACUCGCCAACCAGUGCCAACAACUCCAGCUAUUUACCAACCCAACACUUGUAUCUACAAGGGUAAAUCCUACACACAGGGACAAAGAUGGCAGGAUGGCUGCGACUAUGACUGUGUUUGUGAAGACCAAAUGACUGGUGUCUACAAGUGUACUGAAAAAUGCCCAAGAAUCACAGAUCUGAACCCAGGAUGUCAGUUGGUUCAGGACAUCAAUGAGCCUUGCUGCAAGAAGCCAUACUGUCCCCCCAACGUAUCCCCCAUUGUCAUCAAAGCACCAACACCCACCACCAUCAACGGAAGACCAGCUGUCUGUAUGUACAAGGGUGUACCCUUCCAACAAGGACAGUCUUGGAAAGAUGGUUGUGAUUUGGUUUGUAUCUGUGAGAAUGGAACCACAGGAUUCUACAGAUGUGAUGAUAGAUGUCCAGUAUACCAACUCACUGAUGGAUGUACCAUGGAGUCUGAUCCUGCUGAUUCUUGCUGCAAGAAACCUGUCUGCCACCCAGAACUGAUGAAACCCCCAACUGUGGCCCCCACUCCCUCACCCAAGCCAGGAGAGAUCCCCGCCCCCACACCAUCCCCCACUCCAUAUACUCUACCCAUGCCUACAGCUGUAGCCUAUGGAUCAGGACCAAAUGGAGGACAUGGAUGUCUGUACAAGGGAAUUUCUUACAAUGCUGGACAGACAUGGAAGGAUGGCUGCUUCUACACAUGUGAAUGUUUGGACAUGCAGACUGGACGAUACCGAUGCAAGGACAGGUGUCCAUCUAUGGAUGGAGUAGUACCCCCACCUAACUGCCAGAUCGUCACCGAUCCCAAAGAUCCCUGCUGUAAGAUGCUGCAGUGCUACCAGCCCACACCAGCUCCAGUCCCCACAUUCAACAUCGGCACGGGAACCAGACCCCCCGUCACUGGCAUCAACCCCAACAACCCAGGUACCCUGGCACCACAACCAGGCACCACCCCGGUACCAAACCCAUACCUGACCAAUCCACCAAACACUCCCGUGCCAACACCCAAAAAUAUCUGUAUCAUGAAUGGUAAGACCUACAGUCAGGGCCAGACAUGGUAUGAUGGAUGUGCCAGAGUCUGUGUGUGUGAAGAUGGAAGAACAGGCUACUACAGAUGCAGCCAGAGAUGUAACACAUAUGACAGCUUACCCUCAUCAUGCACACUGAUCCCAGAUCCCAAUGAUCCCACAUGUUGCCAGGUACCCCGCUGUGCCACACCCACCCCGGGACCCAACCAGCCAGUCACCAUCAAGGGACAGCCUGGCUCCUUCACAGGAUUCGGAAUCACGGAGACCCUGCCCCCCACUCCACCAACCACCAGUAACCCCUUCUUACCCACUCUACAGCCCACACCUUCUCCUUCGCCAAACACUCCUCCACCAAACGUUUGCAUCUACAAUGGUUUGACCUACAAGACAGGAGAAAAAUGGCAAGAUGGAUGCAAGUACACCUGUAUAUGUGAGGAUGGAAUGACAGGACGAUACAAAUGUACAGAGAGGUGUCCUUCCCUCCCCCGUCUGUCUCCUGGCUGUACCCUACAGACAGACCCCAAUGACUACUGCUGUAAGGUGGCAGUCUGUCGCCAGACCACCACCCCAGCCCCAGGACAACCCACACCACCUCCCACCAAACCACCAACUUUCUGUGUGUAUAAGGGAGUUCCUUACACACAAGGACAGUCUUGGCAGGAUGGCUGCUCCACAACCUGUCGAUGUGAUGAUGCUGACAACAACCUGUACAACUGCUUUGACAGAUGUCCACAGUAUCCUAACUUACCCGCUGGUUGCACCAAGACAACUGACCCCAAUGACCCCUGCUGUUUGGUUCCAGUGUGUAGCACCCCCAGACCGACCCCCUACAACCCACUGUACCCCACAACCACACCACCACCAAACCAGCCUACCACCCCAUACAAUCCUUAUGUUACACCACUGCCUAAAGGAGAGAUUGUGGGAUAUAAUCCUACCACACAGAACCCCUACAACCCGUCACCCAAACCAACAUUCUGUGUGUACAAGGGUCAACAAUACACAAAUGGACAGACCUGGCAAGAUGGAUGUGACUACAAUUGUGAGUGUAUCGACCAAGCCACUGGCCGCUACAAGUGUACUGAGAGGUGCCCCACUUUCCCAGUACAGCCUAACUGCUUCAUGGUACCCAGCCAGACAGACAACUGCUGCCGCGUGCAGUACUGUCCACCACCAACACCUGGCACCACCCCAGUACCCCCAGAGAACACCACCCCAGUGGGUGUUACUCUUGUACCAAACCCAGGCUCCACCUUGGUACCACCACAGCAAAUCACCACUGCUCCACUCAUCCCAAUACCCCAACCAGGAGAGGUUUGUGUCUACAACGGUAAGACAUACACACAAGGACAGGCCUGGUAUGUGGGCUGUGACCAGAAAUGUGUCUGUGAUGAUGCCAGAUCUGGACACUACAGAUGCACCCCAAGAUGCCCUCAAUAUGAAGCUGGCUCUCAGUGCACUAUGGUGCCUGACCCCCAGGAUCCUCAGUGUUGUAAGGUGCCUCAGUGCCCUCAGGGUAACACAGUACCCCCAGUCAUCGUAGGAACCCAGUCCCCCACCCCUGCUCAGACCACACCCAUCAGGAUUGUUGUCAAUCCCAAUGGAGCUAUUAUCUUUGGAACCCCUGCACCAACAACACCCAUUCCUCAUAUGUGUGUGUACAAGGGACAGAUGUACCAACAGGGCCAGAAAUGGCAAGAUGGAUGUGACUACAUUUGCGAGUGUGUAGACUCUACAACUGGUCGCUACCUGUGCACAGAGAGAUGUCCCAACCAGAACCAGAUUCCAUUGACCUGUAAACUGAAGUACAACCCAGACGACCCCUGCUGUCCUCUCCCUGACUGCCCUGCCAUAAUUCCCCCCACCCCUGGACCAGGCUCAACUCUGGCCCCCACCGCUCACCCUCCACCACAACCAGCCUUCUGUGUAUACAAUGGAGUGCCAUAUAAACAAGGAGAAAGCUGGAAGGUUGGCUGUGAGAAGAUCUGCAGAUGUGACGAUGCUAUGAACAGUCAGAUCAACUGUGAUGAGAGAUGCCCAAGCUACCCACCACCCAAACCAGGCUGCCGAUUGGUCACUGAUCCUAAUGACCAGUGUUGCCAGGCCCCUAUCUGCAUUGAUGUCAACUCCACUAACCCCUUCACUGUGGUCACUGGAAACAAGGGAACCUUCACUGGAACCCCCCAACAGCCCGCCACUGGACAACCAAGCAUUCCUCAGAUUUACGGCAAAAUGAUGUGUGUGUAUCAGGGCAAGGCUUACUCACAAGGACAGAAAUGGGAUGAUGGAUGCCAGUUCCAGUGUGAGUGUAUCGAUCAACAAAAUGGAAGAUACAAGUGUACCGAAAGGUGUGCCAGACACCCACAAGUUCCAUCCUACUGCACAAUGACCCAGGAUCCAAAUGAUGCCUGCUGUCAAUCAGUGUACUGCCCCAUCCAGCCAACUGCUGCCCCCACAGUCCCAGGACAGACCACCCCCGGCCCAGGCAUGCCAAACCCUUACACAGCUCCCCCACCUCUGGAGGUGUGUGUGUACAACGGACAGUCCUACAGACAGGGACAGGAAUGGUUCGAUGGCUGUGAGAAGAAGUGUAUCUGUGUGGAUGGCAAGUCUGGUUACUACAGCUGUCAACAGAGAUGUAAUGUAUACCCACGAGUACCACAAGGCUGCACUCUUGUUCCGGAUCCCAGUGACCCCACGUGUUGUAAAGCUCCCAGCUGUCCCGUGGUCCAGCCAGGCGCCACCCCCACCCCCGGCGUGAUCAAACCACUCCAACCCGCCUACGGAACCAUCACCGGAAACGGCACACCACCACCAGAACCUGUACCAACUAUUAUGGUCAAUGGUAAACCACAACCAGCUACCGGUGGAUCCAAUGCUACUCCAACUCCAAGGAAAGGAUGCUUCUACAAGAACAAUAUUUACAAGAAGGGAGAUAGAUGGCAAGAUGGCUGUGACUACAUCUGUGAAUGUAUGGAUGAUAUGACUGGCCGUUACAGAUGCACAGAGAGAUGUCAGAAAUUCCCCAAUCUGCCUAACUACUGUGUACUGGUACAAGAUCAAAAUGACCAAUGCUGUGGAGUCCCAUACUGUGGUAACCCCAAGAACCCCACCCCUCUGGCUAACAUCCCCACACAGUACCAGACCAUGCCCCCCACCACACCAGUGUAUGUCAACCCCAAUCAGCCAGGACCUUACAGUGGUACCAAGCCACCAACUCAGACUAACGGAUACUGUGUAUAUAAGGGUGUGUACUACAGACAAGGACAAACAUGGCAGGAUGGCUGUGACAAACUCUGCACGUGUGACGACGUCAACAACAACCUCUACAGCUGCAGAGCCAGAUGUCCACAGUUCAACCAGAUCCCAGACAACUGCCAGUUGGUUGCAGAUAAGAACGAUCCUUGCUGUGUGGUUCCAGAGUGCAACCCUCAGCCUUCUUACCCCCCAGGUUACACAGGAGCCACCACACCUAUGCCUAUAUACUACGCCACCCCUGUUGUGAACCCAGGUUUUGGCGGCCAGAGCAACGUAGGACCUAACAAUCCUCUCAGUACUAUGAUUAAUGGCACAAGUGGUGUUUGUGUGUACAAGGGCCGAGUAUACAAGCAGAACGAGAAAUGGCAAGAUGGUUGUAAACUCACAUGCACUUGCUUGGAUGCUCUCAGAGGACAGUACAAGUGUACUUACACAUGCCCACAAUACUACAACCUGCCUUGGUACUGCACCUAUGAACAGGAUCCCAACAAUGCCUGCUGUCAGAGAGCCAGAUGUGAUGAGAGCAAGACAACACAGAAACCACAACCAGUUACCACUCCUAAACCAGUGGUUAUCACUUAUCCCACAGUACCACAGGGAACCACCAGACCUCCAGACAUGUGUCGUUACACUGACAACACAGUGCACGUACAAGGCGCCACUUGGGAUGACGGCUGCAAUUACAGAUGUAUCUGUGUGGAUGCCAAGAUCAACAACUACAGAUGUGAUGCCAGGUGCCGAGUAUAUUCUGGUCUUCCAUCCUACUGCACCCUGGUAAGCGAUCCCGCAGACACUUGCUGCAAAGUUCCCAAAUGCCAGAGCGGACCAAUCAACUACCAGCCAGUGUACAAUAACAUGGCUGGAUCCUCUACUCCUGCUCCCAAUGCCUUCAAUGUUGUUCCCAUCGGAUCCCAUAACACCAUCUACGGAUCCAACGAAAUCAAACCAGGCGACCUCAAUCCAUUCACAUCAGUGGGAGGCUACCAGGCCUGUAUCUACAAGGGAACAGAACACAAACAGGGUGAAUCCUGGCAGGACGGUUGUAACUACGUAUGUACAUGUGUCAACGCUCAGAAGGGAGAAUACAAAUGUGUAUCCAAAUGUCCAAUUUAUCCACCCAACCUCCCCACAUACUGUAGAAAGGUAGCCAUUCCUGGACAGUGCUGUCCUAAACUCAGCUGUGACAUUCCAGGAACAAAUGGCUCCUACAUACCACCAAAUGAAGUGCAGAUCACUCCAGCUCCAACAAUGCCUGGAGGAAUUCAAAUCACUCCUGCCCCAGGAGGACUGUCUGGUCAGACCUUCUACACCAUGCCAACCAACCCCCCACAGAACACAGUAACAGCCUUCCCAGGACAGGGUUUCCCCAUCUCCCAGAGUCAGAUCACCAGCAUCAGAGAUCAGUGUAUUUUCCCAUCCAAGAGUGGUCGUCAGUAUCUCAUCUAUAAUGAGGGAGAACAGUGGAAUGAUGGUUGUGAUUACACAUGUACUUGUAAGGACGGAGCCUCUGGUUACUACGAAUGCAUCUCAUCCUGCCCAACCUACAAUAACUUGGAGUCAAGCCGUUGUUACAUGGUACGUGUGGAUGGCAAGUGCUGCUCAGAACCCAGAUGUACCCUGGCUAACGGACAGGUUGUAGACCCCACCAAAGUCCAGACCUCCUUCCCCAUCGUACCGUCCCUGAGCGGAGGCUACGUCAAUUUCAGACCCGAUACAAACUAUGCUCAGAUGGGAUCUGGAGGAUAUUCCAACAUCAGCGGAAGCAGAAAUGUCUGUAUUUACAAGGGAAAACAGUAUCAACAGGGCACGUCUUGGAGUGAUGGAUGUGACUUUGACUGUAGAUGUGACGAUGCCACCAGUGGACAAUUCUCUUGCACACCUCGAUGCCCAGUAUACACUGAACUUCCAUCUUUCUGCACUUUGGAUACAGUCCCAGGAGACUGCUGCAAGAAACUGAACUGUCCUCAUGUGGUUCCCAUUGGUUCCACCACCACCCCCAAACCCACCAAACCAUCGUGCGAGUGGUGCAAGGACACUCUCUCCACCUGCGACUCUUAUGGACAACAGGCCUGUGUGGCUCCAUAUGUUCCAUGGGCCAAGAGAAACUGCCCCAACUAUUGCAACUUGUGUGAUUAUGAUUGUGCCCACACUCCACCCACCACCACACCACCACCUGUUGGCUGCCGCGACAAGUUGGACAACUGUGCCGAUUUCGGCAAGGAAUCCUGUGGUGGAUUGUUCGAGCCAUGGGCAAGAGAAAACUGUCAACUCUUCUGUAACUACUGUGACUCAGCUACCACGGUGGCUGCUUGUCACGACGAGUCCCCAGAAGUAUGUGCUCAGAUGGAUGUCAGUAUCUGUACAUCAAUAGCCUACUCACAGUGGGCCCAGAGGAACUGCAGGAAGACUUGUAAGAUGUGCUCAGGCGAUUCAGGAAUGACCACAGCUGCACCCAAGUCUUGUCGUUAUUCGGAUGGUGUAACUCACGCACAUGGUACCUGGUGGCAAGAUGGCUGCAGUGCUGAUGCCAAGAACUGUACUUGUAAUGAUGGUGUUGCCAAGUGCUUGAGACUAUGUCCAAGAUUUGAUAAUUUGCCUGUGGGAUGGCGAUUAGUGGAUAAGCCUGGACAGUGCUGUCCUAUCGUGGACAUUGUUAUUCAAACCCAAGAUGUCUGUCAGUACAAAGGUUUGACCUACCGCCAAGAUGAGACCUGGAGCGAUGGAUGUAAACUCUCCUGUGUGUGUACAGAUGCAAAAAAUGGAUUUUAUCAAUGUAAAGAAAAGUGCCCAGCUCUGGUAUUUCCACCAGGAUACGACUGUUAUUGGGAGGAUCCUGCCCCGGGCAAAUGCUGCCGUCAGCCCAAGUGUCCCCCUCCUGUCGUUAUAUCUGGAUACCCUCAAGACUAAUUCUAUAAAUCAUUAUCAUUGUGUUCUUUACAAAUAUGUUGACAUUUUGUGAUGGACAAUAAAGUUUGAAAAUAUUGAU